AUGAAGAGCAUCUCCAUCAUUCUGGCAGCCCUUUCUGCCGUGCCACUUGUUUCCUCUCAUUACUUCUUCCCUCAUUUCAUUGCAAACGACAAUUUCACAGACUACUUCGAAUAUGUCCGCGAAGACACACAAGGCUAUAUGCCCAUGAAAGGACAAUACUCCAGCGAUCAGUUCCGUUGCAACACCGGCUCCCAAGACUUUGCCAGUAAAACCGGGGUCUACACCGUCAAGACAGGAGACACGAUUGGCUUCGGCACCGAUUUCAACGCUCUCAUCGAACACCCCGGCCCCCUGCAAGUGUACAUGUCCAAAGCAACCGGCGAUGUACGCGAGUAUGAUGGUUCAGGAGACUGGUUCAAGAUCUAUGAGCUUGUUCCUGCUGGUCAGUAUCUUGUCCGCAUCGAGCAUAUUGCUAUUCAUGGUGCUAUGGAGUGGGGUGGUGCUGAGUUGUACUUCAACUGCGCCCAGAUUGAAGUCGAGAGUGACGGCGAGUCAACUCCUGGGCCUACGGUUAAGAUUCCCGGUGUCUAUGAUGGUUAUGAACCUGGCAUCAUGUUCAAUAUGUAUAGGGACUCGAUUGUCAACUAUACGAUGCCUGGUCCCAGACCGUUCCCUGAUGACGCUUAUCCGGAUGUGACUGCGUCGGGUAUCAGUGUUGCUCCGUCGACUGCAUGGACUUUGCCUGCUGUGACGCGGUACCCCUCCCCAGUGAUAUCUGCAUCUACCUUUCAAGCUACUUCCACGCCAAUCCCAAAGGAGACACCAUCUGUCACCACAGCCUCUGAGUCCUCUGCUUCUUUCGAGAAAGAGACGACACCAACAGUCGAAGCAUCGGCCCGUCUCAGCGCUGAUUCUGGUGUCUCGGUCCUUGCCACCAGUGCGGCACCGCCUGUCUUUGAAGACUGUGAGCCGCCUGUUACUGUCACUGUCAAGACUACUGUGACUGUCUCCAAUGCACCUACUUGUGUACCGAAGACUGUGACUACCACUGUCACAACAACAGUAUUUACGACAAUUGCCUAG